AUGGCCAAGAAGUCUGCAUCAACGGAUCUUCAGACCAAGAUUUGCUUCACCUCGAUGAGCGAUUGCCCGAUGGGUAAUGCAUUUGUCCGAACACUUGAUGUGUUCAAAGCCAAAUUCGCCAAGGAAUUUAAGAAAGCAGCUUGGCUCGACAAGAUCCUAAGCCUACACAAGACUGUCCCCCACAAGAGCUCUUGA